CGGACGGACGCCCGGCCCGCGCCCUCUGCGAAGCGCUGAGAGGAGGAAACUGAGGCCGGGAGACGUCGACGAAUCGGCGGUGUUCAUCGAGCGCCGACCGGGAGAAGCGAGUUGCCCAAGGUCACACAGCUCGUCCGUGGCGGAGCCUAUUGGGCGCCCCGUGCGCGCCGAGCACUGUACUGAGCGCCGGCCAUGUGGGCCUCCCGGGCCGUCGGUGGGCGCGGGGCGACGCUCCUCUGCUCCCGCCUGCGGUGCUCGCCCCCGGUGCUCGCCCCCCUCCCGCGCGUCCUGGACGCCCGGACCCACCGGAUUCGAACCCAGACCCGGGGCCUGAGCGGCGGGCGGCGGCGGGCCGGGGCCGCGGGGACCCGCCGAGGCGGGAGAGACUAUGGAGUAGACGACGACCACGGGGACGAGGAAGAGGAGCCCCUCCUGAGGGCCGAGCCCCUGCUCCCUCUGGGGAGCCAGCGGGUAUUCCUAGUGCACCCCGACAUCAAGUGGGGCCCCAAGAAACCCACGCUGACCCGAGUGGACCUGCAGGUCGCGGAGGCGACCGCCUUGGUGCGGACCCUGGCCGGCUGGUCCGUGGAGGAGACAGCCGUCGUGUCGACCAAGACCCCCGACAAGAAGCUGCUGUUCGGCAAGGGGAAUUUUGCCCUUCUGACAGAAAAAAUUAAGGGCUGUCCACAGAUAACGUCCGUCUUCCUGAACGUAGAAAGGAUAACCCCGUUGACAAAGAAAGAACUGGAGUCCGCGUGGGGAGUGGAAGUGUUUGACCGAUUCACAAUCGUCCUCCACAUAUUCCGCUGCAACGCUCGGACAAGAGAGGCCAAACUCCAGCUGGCGUUGGCCGAGAUUCCGCUCCUCCGGGCAAAUCUGAGAAAUGAAGUUGCUCAUUUAGACCAGCAAGGAGGAGGCUCGCGUUACAUCUUGGGGUCAGGGGAAACCCACCUGGAGGUUCAGCAGCGGCUCCUGAAAGAAAAGGAAGGCAAGAUUCAGAAGGCCCUGGAGAAGCUGAAGAGGAAAAGGCACCUGCUCCGAAACCAGCGGGAAAAGUGUGAAUUCCCCACGGUCGCGGUGAUGGGCUACACCAACAGUGGCAAAACCAGCCUGAUCCGAGCCCUGACGGGAGACCCGGCGGCCGAGCCGAGAGACCGGCCGUUCGCCACGCUGGACGUCACGGCCCACGCGGGCGCCCUGCCGUCGCGGCUGACCGUCGUCUACGUGGACACCAUCGGCUUCCUCUCCCGGCUGCCCCACGGCCUGAUUGAGUCCUUCUCGGCCACGCUAGAAGACGCGGCCCACGCGGAUUUAAUCAUCCACGUGCGGGAUAUCAGCCACCUGGACACGGCCCUCCAGAAAGCCAGCGUCCUGGCCGUCCUCCGGAACCUGCGCCUGCCGAGGGAGCUGCUCGACUCCAUCGUGGAAGUCCACAAUAAAGUGGACCUGAUGGACCGCUACACGCCCUCCGAACCAAACGCGGUGGCCGUUUCUGCCCUCCGUGGCCACGGACUGGAAGAACUGAAAGCCGAAAUUGACAGAAUGGUUUUAAAAGCCACCGGGAGGAAGGUGCUCACUCUGAAAAUCGACCUGGCAGGAGCUCAGCUGAGCUGGCUGUAUAAAGAAGCCACCGUCCAGGAAGUGGACGUGAUUCCCGAGGACGGAACAGCCAACGUGAGAGUCAUCAUAAGUCCUUCCGCAUACGGAAAGUACCGAAACCGCUUUCCAGGCUGACCCGAAAGAGCCCGA